AUUAUAUUUUCUCAUCACAAAAGGAAGAAGCGUUGAAUUGAAAGGCGAGUCUUUUCAGCCGGCCACUUGAGCUCCUCCGCCAUCGGCAUCCCCGUCGCGUCGCACCUCGCCGCUACACCAACCCACCCCACCCCACGUAUUCCCCGCACCGCACCUUUCCCCCCUUCCCCGGCCUCGGCGAGACCGCGCGCGGCGCACCAUGACGAGCUCCGCCUCCUCCUCCCCUUCCCGCAAGGUGCUGAGCAAGAUCGCGUGCCUCCGGCUGCAGAAGGAGCUCGGCGAGUGGCAGGCCAGCCCUCCCGGCGGCUUCACCUACAAGGUCUCCGACAACCUCCAGCGGUGGGUCAUCGAGGUGUCGGGGGCAGAGGGGACGCUCUACGCCGGCGAGACGUACCGGCUGCAGGUUGACUUCCCGGAGCAGUACCCCAUGGAGGCUCCACAGGUUAUAUUUAUGCAUCCGGCGCCGAUGCAUCCGCACAUUUACAGCAAUGGGCACAUCUGUCUAGAUAUAUUGUAUGACUCAUGGUCACCAGCAAUGACGGUCAGUUCCGUGUGCAUCAGCAUCUUGUCCAUGUUGUCAAGUUCACCAGCUAAGGAACGCCCAUCUGAUAACGAUCGCUAUGUCAGGAACUGCCGCAACGGGAGGUCGCCGAAGGAAACGAGGUGGUGGUUUCAUGAUGACAAAGUGUGAUGGGCCCCAGCUGGUUUCUUCCCCCGGCAUCAGCAGCUCUUAUACAUCAUCAUCCUGCCUACCCUAGUAUGGCGUGCGUCGUUCAUGAAAAAGAUUAUUUAGGCAAGUAUUUCAAGCCAUCUAUUUGGCGGCAAAUUGACAUGCCCAUGUAUGUGGUUUUGUACAUGAUGAACCUGCACCUGUAUCAACUCCCGUGCUUACCAACUGUUAUCCCUUUUGAUAUGAUGAAAGUAGUAAUCGAGUGUUAUCUUAUUAUUAAUAGAGGCACCAAGUGCUGGCUGGGCCUUGUUUGCUUGA